AUUUGUUCGGUCAUCAAUAUUUGCACAACUGAAUUUAAUAACACUCAGAGCUUCUUCGCAAGCGCAGCGGCGACGCGUUAGAUAUUUGACCAGAAUAACGGGGUGUGAAUUUCAACAGCAAUAAAAAAUCAGUUGCGUCAUGCGAAAAGUUAAUAAAAUAUUUCCGUUACUAUUUUCUUUAAUUUUCACAACUUUACCGUUAUCCCGAACAUUCUCUACACAAUAUUACGGUAAUACCAGGCAUCCAGUUCUUCCAGCCCACUGUUACUAUGAGGAAUUGGAGCUAGCAGUACCAGUCAAUGAGACCCUCUAUCCCACAGAUAUUAAAUUUCACUGCAUAACGGUCACUUGCCGGCAUGAUUACGUGCUGAUAAUAAAGCACUGUGACCGUUAUCUGCUGCGACACGGUUGCACCGAGCAGCCACCCGACUAUAGCCGGCCUUAUCCUAAUUGCUGUGUUCAAAUUAAAUGUAUUGAUUAAAUUUCAUGAAGAUAGAUAUACAUAAAUAUCAUAUAUGUAUAAGAAAUAAUUUAUAGAAGUCAAUAAACAAAAGUAUUUUUUU